AUGAUGUACUCCCUCCAGGGUUUAGCAGUACUGGCACUUAGCUAUUUUGCUAUCAUGGCCAAUUGUGCGCCGCGUUUGAAAUCAAAGCGCUCCAACAUGGUUUGCCGAGUGGAAGAACAAUUGCUACGAUAUAUGAGACACAAAUUCCACGCUCUGUCUGACGAGGCUCAAAAAAUCGACACGGAUACUGACACAAGACUGAUAGGAAGGGAUCUAUUUCAAGGACUCCGGGGGCAGGGUAAAUGUUACGUGCUUAAAGAGGUGAUUGAUUUCUACCUGGGAAACGUCCUAGCACCUGAGGAGCUACACACCAAAUAUUCACAUCUAAAGGAGAUCAAAGAGUUUCUGGCUCUUCUGAUUAAACGGCACAUGUCCGAUUGCAAUACAGAAGACAGAACUCAAGCAAACCAUAACAUUAACCUACUGAAACAGAAACUGAACCAGCUCAGUGAGAAGGGAGUAGCCAAGGUCAUUGGAGAGCUAUUCAUGCUGCUUCAGGAGAUUGGAAAGCAUUGUUCAGCACCACCCACGAAUGAACCUGGUCACUAG